CAAAACGACGUCCAAUAGUUUCUCGGUCCUUUCUCCGCCACGUGUUUUCAUUUUCCUCGGCUCUAAUUCUUGUUCGUCUCUUGUCCUCCAUCGCUAAAACCUGAGUUAGGUUUCAGAAUUUGGUUUGCUGUCUGAGCAAUGGCAAUACUCUCUCUGCGAUCUCCAAGCUCCUUGCAGCUCAAUUCAUCCUCUGUUUCUCCUAUGUGCUCGAAACCAUUCUCUCGAUUACCAUCCAAAUUUUCAUCUUCGAUUGUUUCUGUUCCGUUCACCGGAUCAAAAUCCAGUUACACUUUUGUUUCCCCCAUCCUUAGACCUCGUAUGGUUUUCGCGAGAGCUGCCACCGGAACCACAGAUUCCGUCACUGAUUACAGAGAAGAUAUUGGCGAGAUCCUCGGCGAUGUCUCCAUCUUCACUGCUUCCGGCCAGCGCGUGCAAUUCAGCGAUCUCUGGGAUCAGACCGAUGGAAUUGCUGCUGUUGUGCUUUUGAGGCAUUUCGGAUGCGUUUGCUGUUGGGAACUUGCAACUGCUUUGAAAGAGGCGAAACCAAGGUUUGAUGCGGCUGGUGUUAAAUUGGUGGCUGUUGGUGUUGGAACUCCCGAUAAGGCUCGUUUACUGGCAACUCGUUUACCUUUUCCCAUGGAAUGUCUGUACGCGGAUCCUGAACGCAAGGCAUAUGAUGUUCUUGGUUUGUACUACGGUUUAGGUCGCACUUUCUUCAACCCAGCAAGCGCUAGUGUCUUCUCAAGAUUUGACAAGUUACGAGAAGCUACAAAGAAUUACACCAUACAAGCCACCCCUGAAGACAGAAGCAGUGUGUUGCAACAGGGAGGCACGUUUGUUUUCAGAGGCAAGAAACUGUUGUAUGGUAGAAAAGACGAAGGAACUGGAGAUCAUCCAUCUCUAGAUGAUGUCAUCAAUGUUUGCUGCAAAGCCACCGUUGCUUGAAUAUUGGAUCAAAGUCUCUCUGUUUUGUCUUUAUACUUCAAUCACUGUAUAUUUGUUGCUACUAUUGUCUUUAUUUCUCAAGUUUCUAAAAAAAUUGGAAAGAAUAUCAACA